AUGCCACCAAACCGCUCUCUCCCACCGAGCUUAGACUCUUACGGAACAGGAGCUACUACUCCGCUCCCGCUGCCAAGCUCAUCAACAGAGAACUCCUCAAACAACAAGCGAUCGUUAGAGCAGGUGCAGACAGAAAAGAGGAGGAAGACUUCAUCAGCAAAGCACUCAGUGAGAGACAGUAGCACGGAAAACGCACGUUUCGGCACCCCCUUGCCCAGUACCUUGCACAUUAGCGCUCCCUCUAUCCCUCUACGCUAUAAAUCAAACUUAACCCCACAGCUAUCCGCACUGCAUCCACACUGCCUAGCAAGAGACAGAUUAAGGUUAUGGGUACCAGCGGGAAUCAGCGCAAGACAAACAACAAACACAACAAACGAUCCGACAAACCAGGAAAUGUCAGAUCAGCAGCUAGAAUGCAUCCUGGACAUCAUGGGGUCAGCAUGGGCUCAAUCAACAAAAGAAACGUACGGAGCAGGCUUACUUGUAUUUCAUGUGUUCUGUGACACAAAUUGCAUCAAGGAGGACAAGCGCUGUCCUAUCAAUCGCACCCUGCUACUCAAUUUCUUAUGCAGCUGCGCCGGGUCGUACUCAGGCUCCGCGCUAAACAAUUAUGCAGCGGGCCUCAGAGCGUGGCAUCUCUUGCACGGAAGAGACUGGUUGAUCCCGCCUAGAGAACUCAAAGCGGUCCUAGAUGGUGCCGCUGCAUCAGCACCAGCAGAGUCCAAAAAGGCCAAACGACACCCAUACACACCAGAUUCCCUGGCCGCUAUCCGCAACCAACUGGACCUCACCACACCCUUAGAUGCAGCGGUAUUCGCGUGUCUGACCACGACAUUUUACUCCAUAGCGAGGCUUGGAGAGUUCACAGUCAGCGCCAUCAGAGAUUUUGAUCCUGGAAAACACGUCACCAGAGCUAACGUGUCAGAAACCACCGACCGCAACGGACUUCCUGUCACCAAAAUACACCUCCCUAGAACAAAAUGCUCCCCAGUCGAAGGAGAAGAUGCGUAUUGGGCCGCGCAAGAAGGACCAACGAACCCCAAAGAGGCACUAGAGAAUCAUUUUCGCGUGAACCCAGCAACCAAUGCUGAACAAACGCACCUGUUUGCAUGGAAACACGCGAAAGGAAUGCGUCCAUUGUCAAAGAGACAACUCCUCAAAAGGACAGCAGCAGCUGCGGAAGCAGCAAAGCAACCAGAUCUAAAAGGACAUGGCCUCCGCAUCGGGGGGACCCUGGAGUAUCUGCUGCGCGGAGUGCCUUUCGACGUCGUAAAAGCUAUGGGGAGGUGGUCCAGUGACACCUUCGCGAGUUAUUUGCGAGAACAUGCGACAGUACUCGCACCUUAUAUCCAAGCCUCUCCAGCACUCGAGCCAUUCACACGCCAUAUCAUGCCUCCCAUCAGGCGAUAA